ACAUGAAGGCUGCGUUAGGGGUUUCCUGUAUUGUCAUACUGUCAUUCUUCUAUGUGCUCAAAUCAGAGAAAUGUAUUGUUCAACAAGAGAAUGUGUAUCUGAGGCAGAUUGAAGAAGGGCAGCUUCUUGGGAUUGAUUGCCCUGUCUACAAUGCAAGCUAUAGUUUUAGCUGGUAUAUAAAUGGAAGUGAAACAUCUAUAACUGAACAACAAUCUUCAAGAAUCCAUAAAAGUGGUCAUUUGCUUUGGUUUCAUCCUGCAAUAUAUCAAGAUUCUGGAACGUAUGAAUGUUUUGCAGGUUACAGGAAUUCAACAACAUGUUACAAAAACAUUUUCCACGUGACAAUAUUGGAUAGUGCUGGCCUUUGCUUUAAUGAGAAAUUCUAUGACCAGCAAGAGUUACCAUUAUCAUCAACUUCAAAGAUUGUGUGCUACCUGGGAAAUUUUGUACAAGAUGAUUUGUCUGUUCGGUGGUAUAAGGGAUGUACAGCAAUGGAAGGACCAAGAUUUGUCUUCUUAAAAAGAGAAGUUAUAAUACGCAAUGUGAGCAAGGAUGAUAAGGGAAAAUACCAAUGCAAAGGAACAUACAGUUAUUUGGGGAAUAAAUACAACUUUUCAAAGAGUGUUUUGGUGAUUGUCAAAGAGAAACCAGUAAUGAAGAGAACAGAGAUUUUGUACCCCAGAAACAAUACAAUUGAAGCUGAGCUUGGAUCCAACAUAUUUACAGAAUGCAAUGUUUCAAGUCACAAAGACACUUUUAUUUCUAUAUCCUGGAAAGUCAAUAAUACUCUAGUUAAUAAUUUGUUUAAAGAAAGAAUUGUGGAAGGAAUUCAAAAAGAAUAUCGUGUUGAAGGGGCUCAGCUUUAUGUAGUGUCUAUGAACAUUACAAAGCUGAAGAGUGAAGAUUAUGGCCAGUUGUUUAUUUGCCAUGCAGGUGAAGUUGCUGCAUACAUCUUAAUACAACCUCCAACUAAGAAUUUGACGGGACUUGUUGGGCUGGCAUUCCUACUAAUUAUUCCUAUAUUAAUCUGCAUUUUAUUCAAGAUCGACAUUGUGCUUUGGUAUCGAAAGUCAUGCCGCCCAUUUCUUCAUGAAAAAGUUUCAGAUGGGAAGACCUAUGAUGCAUAUGUUUUGUAUCCAAAAACCAAUUCCCAAGACUGCUUUGCCCUGAAAGUGCUUCCUGAGGUUUUGGAGAAACAUUGUGGGUAUAAUCUAUUUAUACUGGGCAGGGACGAUUUACCAGGAAAAGCUUUAGUCAGUGUUGUUGAUGAAACCAUACAACAAAGCAGAAGGCUGAUAAUUAUUUUAGUACCAGAACUGCCAAGCUCAGAAGAGGCUCCUGAGCAGCAUAUAGCUGUGUACCAUGCCCUUAUACCUGAUGGAAUGAAAGUAAUCCUAAUUGAAAUGGAUAAAAUGAAGGAUUACAGCAACAUGCCAGAAUCCAUUAGAUUCAUCAAGCAAAAGCAGGGAGCUAUCAGAUGGAAAGGGGACCUCACACAGAGAAGUUCUCAUUCUCCAAAUAGCAAGUUCUGGAAAAAGGUCAGAUACCAAAUGCCACCAGAACACUAUAUUUCCCCCGGCAUACCUUUGACGCCAACAUCUCUCAAUGCCUGUCAAACAACAGAAACGUAACCCUUCUGUAAUUUUAACAACUCUUGAUGCAACUGCUUUGAAGAGUGGUUUGGAAUCCUGUACCCUGCCAAACAAACUAUCAAAGGAAUUUCAUCUUUGUGUAAAGAUUUGGAUCAUGGGGGAGGAGGAAUUGCAUUUCCAGCAUAAGUUUACAUGUAUGAGGAAUAUGUACAAUUAGGAAUAUGUACAUGGUAGCCUUAGCUGGAUUAUGAAGUGUUUCUCCAUUCUUCUUAAGUUCAAAGUUGCAAGUUUUCUUUUCUUUUGUUAUUGUUUUAACACUUGAAUAAUGAUUGUUAUGUGGCUGAAAUCAUUUGAAGGUUGUAUUCACUGAUGAUCUGUUUCUAUCAAUAUGGUUCCUGAUUGAUAUGCAGAACAGCCUCUUUAAUUUCACACAUAUGCUCAACAACUGCAUAGACCAAAUGACAUUUAAAAGCCCUUAAAAGUAUCAUUUUAUCAGAAAAUCCUUUU